GGGGGGGGGGCGAGAAUCGUUACAUUUUUGGGUCCACACAGUCCACACGGCAAUGGGAACCGGACGGUGGCGGAUUCCAAACACGCUCAUCCAGCCCAGCACCGAGAUCAGGGUGGCGCCGGGCUAGGCACACGGCCCAAAGGCAUCCACACUAGGGCCCCGGGCCCGGGCCGGAUCUGGGUACUCCGGCCUAGGCGAGCGUCCGCGCAGUCCCUAGUCCCAAAUCUGGCGUUGUGAGGCGCGCAGCAGCCCUGCGCGCAUGUGGCCGCGGUCACUGUACACUCGGGUGCCCGUGGCCGUAGCUUUUGCCGGCUGGGUGCUCUGCAGAUUGGCCGGCCUCUGGGGGCUGUGUUUGGCCUCAAAGACUCAGCGUCCCCUCCGCAACCCCCUUUGCGCCUUUCUCCCCAGCCGGACCGCCCCGCCUCACCGCCUCCGGGGGCGGAGCUCAAGGGCGCCUGGUGAGGGGCGGGCCGAGCCGCGAGCGCGGCGAGGUCAGCAGGGGGCGCUGUGGGCUAUUGCGCUGUCCCGCGGUCAGCGCGCGCGGUCCUCGCCUCCCUUCGCGCCGGGCGGAGCAGGCGGCGAGCGCCGAAGAGGGCGCGCGGCAGCGGAGCUGGGGCCCGGCCCGGACCAUGGGCGGUGAGCACGGUGCGAGCUGGGGCCCAGAAGGCCCCCGGAUGAACCCGAGUGUGGAACUGACAGUGCCCAGCCCAGCCUUAAAAACGUGACGUGACUGUAGACAGGGCUUGGCAACCACUCCUCCUCAGAGGCGUUGGUGCCCAGUCUGGACAUCUGUGGGAAGAAAGUUUAAAGCAGAUGGUUUGACAAGCCUCCCGUUCCCUGGAGAGAGGUGGAGAUGCAUGGUUACAGCUUGAAAGCCAGGAUUAGUUCCUGCCCAGCCCUCCUUCACUGAUGUGUGGGAGGCUGCUUUGGGGCACCAAGGAACCAAGGGCAAGAUGGACCACCUGGCCUCUGGAGCACAGCACCCUGAGUGAGCAUUUGUGAAACUGUAGUAUCGGUGUCUUUUUUCUUUUGAUUGGCUUGAAUAGUAAUUAGCUCAAUAUUCAUUCACCUUUAAAUAGUGAAUUAAUAAGUAACUAGCCCCAGGUCACACUGGGGUUCAGAAGGCUCCUUUGGAGUACCCACAAAUUCCUCCGGGCAUCUCCUCAGCCCUCACCACUCUGCUCUGUGAUGAGCUGUUGACCAUCAGAUGACCCACUGGCCACGGGAGGAGGUGGAACUAUCUCUGUGGCCCCAGCACCCAGCCUGGCACCCUGUAACUGGACAUGUUCCCGAUUUGAGGUGAAACCAUGAAGAGGAGAUAGAACCAACAAUAAUGCUUUUCCGCAAUCGCUUCUUGCUGCUGCUGGCCCUGGCUGCACUGCUGGCCUUCCUCAGCCUCAGCCUGCAGUUCUUCCACCUGAUCCCGGUGUCGGCAGCUAAGAAUGGAGUGAGUAGCAAGAGUCGAAAGAGAAUCAUGCCUGACCCGGUGACGGAGCCCCCUGGGACGGACCCCGUUUACGAAGCUCUCUUGUACUGCAACAUUCCCAGUGUGGCUGAGCGCAGCAUGGAAGGUCACGCUCCACAUCAUUUUAAGCUGGUCUCAGUGCAUGUGUUCAUUCGACACGGGGACAGGUACCCACUCUAUGUCAUUCCCAAGACAAAGCGACCAGAAAUUGACUGCACUCUGGUGGCGAACAGGAAACCAUAUCACCCUAAACUGGAAACUUUCAUCAGUCACAUGUCAAAAGGAUCCGGAGCCUCUUUCGAAAGCCCCUUACACACCCUGCCUCUUUACCCAAAUCACCCACUCUGUGAGAUGGGAGAGCUCACACAGACAGGAGUCGUGCAGCAUUUGCAGAAUGGCCAGCUGCUGAGAGACAUCUAUCUAAAGAAACACAAACUCCUGCCAAGUGACUGGUCCACCGACCAGCUGUACUUAGAGACCACUGGGAAAAGCCGGACGCUACAAAGUGGGCUGGCCCUGCUUUAUGGUUUUCUCCCAGAUUUUGACUGGAAGAAGAUCUACUUCAGGCACCAGCCCAGUGCUCUGUUCUGCUCUGGAAACUGCUAUUGCCCAGUGAGAAACCAGUACCUGGAAAAGGAGCAGCGUCGGCAGUACCUGUUACGUUUGAAAAACAGCCAGCUGGAGAGGGCCUACGAGGAGAUGGCCAAGAUCGUGGACGUCCCCACCAAGCAGCUCCGAGCCGCCAACCCCAUCGACUCUAUGCUCUGCCACUUCUGCCACAAUGUCAGCUUCCCUUGCACCAGAAAUGGCUGUAUUGACAUGGAGCACUUCAAGGUGAUCAAGACACACCAGAUUGAGGAUGAGAGAGAGAGGCGGGAAAAGAAACUGUAUCUGGGGUACGCGCUCCUGGGAGCCCACCCCAUCCUGAAUCAGACUAUCAGCCGGAUGCAGCGUGCCGCCGAGGGCAGGAAAGAGGAGAUCUUUGCCCUCUAUUCUGCUCAUGAUGUCACCCUGUCACCUGUUCUCAGUGCCUUGGGCCUGACCGAAGCCAGGUUCCCAAGGUUUGCAGCCAGAUUGAUCUUUGAGCUCUGGCAAGACAGAGAAAAGCCCAGUGAGCAUUCGGUCCGGAUCCUUUACAACGGUGUUGAUGUCACAUUCCACACCUCUUUUUGCCAGGACCACCAUAAGCGUUCUCCCAAGCCCAUGUGCCCCCUUGAAAACUUAGUCCGCUUCAUCAAAAGGGGCAUGUUUGUGGCCCUGGGUGGUAGUAGUACUAAUUAUUUCGACGCAUGUCAUAGGGAAGGAUUCUGAAAUGUACACAGCACUUACAGAAUCUAUGCCGAUAACAGAGGGAUGGGAAAGGUCCACUUCUAGUUCUAGCCUUUGCCAAGGGUACAAGAUUGUUGAUUUUUAAAGGUUAGAAAUUGUGCUUUGGAGCCACACCGAUGAUUUGGGUUGAACAGUGAGUACAUUACUGUACUCAGGUACAUGAGCUACUUGAUACACAAUGGCUGCUUCGCAGAGAAAGGAAGGUACUUAACCAUAGCCAGACCUUGCUUACAAUGCCAGAACAAGAUUCUGAGACCCAAAAUUGCCAAUCAAAUGUGUAUACUUUUGAUCUGCCAUGGUACUACUGUAUGAUGGGACCAGCAAACCUCAGCCGAAACUUUUUAAAUCUGAGGCCAUCUUACCUUAUCCUUGUUCAGUGAAAAAUUUUCCUGAAGUGAUUUAUCUAAACUAGGGCUUGGCAAACCUUCUCUGUCAAGGGCCAGAUAGUAAAUAUUUUAGACUUUGCGGACCAAAAGGCCACAGUCUUUGUCACAGCUAUUCAAUUCUGCUCUUGUCACAUGAAAGCCACCACAGACAACACGUAAACGAAUGAGUGUGGCUGUGUACAUAGGCCACACAAAAAAGGCAGUGGGUCAGGCUUGGCCCCUGGGCUGGCAUUUGCUGACCCCUGAUCUAAAAUACAGGCUCUAAUACCAUCGCACUUUCCGCACUUUGAGAACCAGUUGAAUACCAUGAGUUAUUCAGUGGGGCCUCCAGUCACUUCCGCUAGAUACACAGAAUUUGCCCUCCAUCUGACAUUAUAACAAAACAACGGGAAAUAAACAUGGAAUCAGAAUGAGUCACAGAAAAAUUAUUAGAAUAAUACUUGAUGUUCAUGAUGAUUGUGGUAUAAGAUAGUUUUAAGUAUGUUUUAAAUAUUUGUCUGCUGUAGUCUAUUUGCUGUAUAUGCUGAAAUUUUUGUAUUCCAUUUAGUAUUUUUAUAGUCUAGGAAAAUAUUUUCUGAGACCAGUUUUAGAUGUGCUCUUACUCCUAUGUAAUAUACAAUUUCCUCUACCUGGUUGGUGUUUAGAAGGGAGCCAGAAGCUGAAUUCAGGCACUUUCUUCCAAUAAAAACUAGCUAUGGCUUAUUUCCUUUGACAAGCCGUAGUAUUGGAUCAAUUUUUAAACCAUUUUUGUCUGUUUCAAAAGGUAAAUUCUAAUUGAUUUUUAAAUAAGUUUUUGGAAGGACUUUGUUACUAGACAGUUAAAUGAUCUUUAUAAAGUAUUUUAUAUAUUAGAAGCAAUUAUAAUUAAAUCUGUGGUUUCUGAACUAAUGGUGCUAGUUCUGUGCGAAGAAAUGUAACGUGCAAGUGAGAUUCUCCAGUGUCAUUGGUAUUCUGAUCUUUUCUCUUUGUUUUUGUCCAAUGUUGCAUUUAAAUAUGUCUGUUUCUAUUAAUAAAUUUUUGAAGAAUA